AAUCCAAAUCCAAAUCCAAAUCCAAACCCAAAUCCGCCGUGUCUACUUUGCAGCAGCGCCCUUCCGUCCCAGCAACACCAGCAGCCCCGCGCGACUCCUCCUCCGCCGCUCCCUCCACAAUGCAAGCAGCCUCCGCACACACUCAGGCCCGUCCCUGCGGCUCUUCAGAUGGAAAACUCGAAAUGCCAAAGCUGUUCACUGCCAGCGAGCUCAAGGCAAUGUUCCUUGCGCACGAGACUGCAGACCAAGCUGAUGCGAUUCACCAGAUUGAAAUGCUCGAGCGCUCGCCCUCAGACAUGCAGUCAUGGCCCGCCGCUUCGUGCCCUUUCGCAUCCAUGAUGUCCUCACGCUUGGCAACACCACCUGCACAACGUCCGUCCGAGAACGAAGACGUGCAGGCGCUGCAGGGCUGCUUUAACUAUUUGCAGGAUUUCCUCGGCAAGCCGCACCCGGCGCUCGGCCGGAAAGGCCCGACCUGCCCUUUUGUGCCGACCGGCUUGAAAAAGGACUCGAUUUACGUUGGAUCGGUGACGACGACCCCAGCCACCACCAAGGACCAGAUUGUCGAGCUGAUGCGCGGCUUCCCCGACAAGUUUCUGCAGCUCGAGCCCCGCCAAGGGCCUCUUGUUUCAUACAAGGCGAUUGUCGUGACCUUCCCUUACAUGUCGCUGGCAGACGCACCGCUCCUCAUUGAUAGCGUGCAGAACGAACUCAAAGCCGAAUUCGUUAACAAGGGACUGAUGAUUGGCGAGUUUCACCUGGCCAACAAUGCCUCUAGUCUGAACAACCCCGACUUUUUCCCUCUGCGCACCCCAAAGCCGUGCAUUGCCAUGCGCUUUAUGGUGCCCGGCGAUCUUGUCUUCAUGUCGCUUGACCAGUAUCCGACCUCGAUGCGCAUCAACCUGCUCGAGUCGUACAUUUCCAACCUCACUUCGUCCGGCAACCCUCUCUCCAACAAAGAGUCCGACUUGGUCCACACUGCGCGUGUGCAACUCGAUGCUGCCCGUUCAGGCUAAGUCAACUUUUUUCGCCCAUUCACUUGAUUUUGAGCUUUUUCUUGUAAAACUUUUUUGAUUUUACCUCUACUCUUCAUAAGGCUGCAGGUUUUGAGACCGUGGCUCAUGUCUUUAUGUCAAAUUAUGUUUCUUUGCUUAAUUGAAUACACGCUUCAUUAUCCA